AUGCACCGGGUACUGGAGAAACUUCGACAAGAGCCCACCUGCAUAUUAACUCUGGUGGCGCCCAAUUGGCCGACCAAGGCCUGGUUUCCGCUCCUGCUGGAAAUGAUAGUCGAAACACCGAUAGUACUGCCGGACAUACCGGACUUGCUGUCCCAGCCGGACGGCACACUACCAACAAGCCCUGCAGUGUACCACUUACACGCAUGGAGGCUCUCAGUAGACUCGCGCAGACGAAAGGUCUAUCUAAGCGGGCUGCCAACGUCCUGGCCAGGGCGAACAGAGAUUCCACCAACACUGCCUACGACUCAAAGUGACGAGCAUACACCGAUGCCGCGUAUUUGGUUGGACUAUUGUCAGUUUCUAAUGGAUCAAUGCAAAGUGACAAGAACAAGACGUACGUUUGACAGAGCGCUAAGAGCCCUGCCAAUCACCCAACACCACAGAGUGUGGCCACUUUAUUUAAAAUUUGUGCGUACUCAUCCGCUGCCGGAAACUGCUGUUAGAGUCUAUAGAAGGUACAUGAAGCUACUGCCAGAGAAUGUAGAAGAGUUUAUAGAGUAUCUCAAGUCAAUUGAGAGAUUAGACGGAUCAGCUGUUCUUUUGUAUGAUGUAGUUAAUGACGAAGACUUUGUCUCAAAAGAGGGGAAAUCUAAUCAUUUGCUAUGGCAUGAUCUGUGUGAUUUGAUCUGUAAAAACCCGAAGAAAGUAACCUCGCUCAAAGUGGACCCUAUCAUACGAAGCGGUAUCAAGAGAUUCACCGACGAACGUGGUCAGCUUUGGUGUUCUCUUGCCGACUAUCAUAUCAGAAGCGGACACUUUGAGAAGGCACGUGAUAUCUACGAAGAAUCCAUUCAGACCGUUACUACUGUCAGAGAUUUCACACAAGUAUUUGACGCAUAUGCUCAGUUUGAAGAGAGUAUGAUAGGAGCAAAAAUGGAAAUGACAACAGAAAUGGCACCGAGUGAAGAAGAUGACAUUGAUUUGGAACUAAGGUUAGAAAGGUUUGAGAAUUUGAUGGAUCGGCGGCCAUUACUACUGAACAGCGUGCUCCUCCGGCAAAAUCCACAUAAUGUCCAUGAAUGGCAUAAAAGAGUAAAACUUUUUGAAGGAAAACCCAAAGAUAUCAUUGGAACUUACACCGAGGCAGUACAGACAGUGGAUCCAGUCUUAGCAACAGGCAAACUCUACACAAUUUGGGUGGAAUUUGCUAAAUAUUAUGAACAGCAUGAUCAAAUUGCAGAGGCUCGUGUGAUAUUUGAAAAGGGAACCCAAGUACCCUACGUGAAAGUAGACGAUUUGGCAUGCGUCUGGUGUGAAUGGACAGAAAUGGAAAUACGACAUGAGAACUUUGAUGAUGCGUUGAAGUUGAUGCAACGAGCAACCGCAAUGCCCGGCAGAAAAGUAGCCUAUCAUGAUGCGAGUGAGCCAGUGCAGAAAAGAGUGUACAAGUCGCUGAAAGUCUGGUCAAUGUAUGCUGAUUUAGAAGAGAGUUUUGGUACUUUCAAAUCUACAAAAACAGUAUAUGAUCGUAUAAUCGAUCUGCGUAUAGCGACACCACAAAUUAUUAUAAACUUUGGUUUAUUCUUGGAAGAACACAAUUACUUUGAAGAGGCUUUCAAGGCAUAUGAGCGUGGUAUAUCAUUGUUUAGAUGGCCGAAUGUCUUUGAUAUAUGGAAUACUUAUCUUACAAAAUUCAUCAAGCGAUAUGGUGGAACAAAGCUGGAACGCUCAAGAGAUUUGUUUGAACAGUGUCUGGAAGGAUGUCCAGCAAAAUUUGCAAAAGCUCUAUUUCUACUCUAUGCCAAGUUGGAAGAAGAUUUCGGUUUAGCACGUCAUGCCAUGGCAGUCUAUGAAAGAGCCACCGAGUCUGUUCUGCCUGAGGAACAGUAUGAGAUGUUCAACAUUUACAUAAAAAGAGCGGCUGAGAUAUACGGUGUAACACAUACAAGGUCUAUCUAUGAAAAAGCUAUAGAAGUACUGCCCAACGACAACGCCCGUGAAAUGUGUCUGAGAUUUGCCGAUUUAGAACGUAAACUUGGCGAAAUAGACCGUGCUAGGGCCAUUUAUUCUCACUGCUCACAGCUGUGUGACCCAAGGGUAACACCAAGUUUUUGGCAGAUAUGGAAAGAAUUUGAAAUUAAACAUGGUAACGAAGACACAGUACGUGAGAUGUUGCGAAUUAAACGCAGCGUGCAAGCGACAUAUAACACGCAGGUGAAUUUUAUGUCUGCUCAAAUGUUAGCAGCUUCCUCCAGCAGUACUGGUACAGUAUCUGACUUGGCUCCAGGAUCCAGCGGAAUGGAUGAAAUGAAACUAUUGGAACAGCGAGCACAGUCAAUAGCAGUGGAAGCACAAGCCGAUAAAAUAGUACCAAAGAAAGACAUACUUUUCAUCAGUGGUGGCAAAACAACAGAUGAGCAAUUAGAAGAGAUUGCUAAAACUGCUAACCCAGAGGAGAUCAAUAUUGAUGAUGAUGAUGAAGAGAGUGAUGAAGGACCUGACGAAGUUGAAAUAGAAAAGAAGUCGGUUCCAACAGAAAUAUUUGGAAGCCUGAAGAAUCCCGAUGAGGAUGCCCCCUAAUUUCCGAAUUCUCAUGUAGACUUGUUUAAAAGUGUUACCGUAGUGAUAAUACCAUAAACCCUGGUACCUUGCUGCCAUAGGAUGGUAUCACCGUUUAUCCAACUCAAUGGAUAUACCAUGUUUAAUCUACACUGUAUUAGUAGCACAUAUUUUUAAAUGCGUGUUUGUAAGGUCAAUGAUAUAUUUCAAUGAUCAUACAAUAAUUGCUAUUUUUAGAAUAUGUGCGCUUCUAUUAGAGCAAACAUGAUACCUCCCAUUAAUUUGUAUAUUUUUGCGAAAACUGAACUACCAAUUCAUUGCA